UGCCGCCACUUCUCAGUGUAGCAUGUGCCAACAUGGUUCCAGGUCUGAAGGUCCUUCUGUUCCUCACCCUGCAUCUCCUGAAGGAUGUGAAAGGCUCCAUGGUCCAUCUCAACAACAAUGGAUAUGAAGGUGUGGUGAUUGCAAUUAACCCCAGUGUGCCAGAGGAUGAAAGACUCAUCUCAAGCAUAAAGGAAAUGGUAACUCAAGCUUCCACUUACCUGUUUGAAGCCACCGAAAAAAGGUUUUAUUUCAGGAACGUAAGCAUUUUAGUUCCCAUAACCUGGACGUCAAAAACUGAGUACUUAACACCGAAACAAGAAUCAUAUGACCAAGCAGAUGUCAUAGUUGCUGAUCCUUACCUGAAAUACAGAGACGAUCCCUACACCCUUCAAUAUGGACAGUGUGGGGACAGAGGACAAUACAUACAUUUCACUCCAAACUUCCUUCUCAAUGAUAACUUGCGUCUCUAUGGACCCCGAGGCAGAGUCUUUGUCCAUGAGUGGGCUCACCUCCGGUGGGGAGUAUUUGAUGAGUAUAACAUGGACCGGCCUUUCUACAUGUCUGGAAAGAACGCUGUCGAAGCAACAAGGUGUUCCACAAGCAUCACUGGCACCAAUGUGGUCCAUGAGUGUCAGGGAGGCAGCUGUGUGACAAGGAGAUGCCGGCGUGACUCAAGGACAGGGCUGUAUGAACCCAAGUGUACAUUUAUCCCAAAUAAAUACCAGACUGCCGGGGCCUCCAUAAUGUUCAUGCAAAGUCUCAAUUCUGUGGCUGAAUUUUGCACAGAAAAAACCCACAACACAGAAGCCCCAAACCUCCAAAACAAAAUGUGCAAUCGUAGAAGCACAUGGGACGUAAUCAAGGCAUCCGCUGACUUUCAGAAUGCCGCUCCCAUGAAAGGAACAGAAGCCCCUCCUCCACCGACGUUUUCAUUGCUCAAGUCCAGACAGCGAGUGGUCUGCUUGGUGCUGGAUAAAUCUGGAAGCAUGAACUUAGGAAGCCCCAUCACUCGUCUCACCCUAAUGAACCAAGCAGCAGAGCUAUACUUAAUUCAAAUUAUUGAAAAGGAAUCGUUGGUCGGCCUGGUCACAUUUGAUAGCACUGCCACCGUCCAAAAUAACCUAAUAAGAAUGAUCAAUGACAACUCCUACCUAGAGAUCAGCGUGAAGCUACCUCAACAAGCAGGUGGCGGAACCUCAAUUUGCAAUGGACUCAGAAAAGGAUUCCAGGCAAUUGCCUCCAGUGGCCAGAGCACUUCCGGUUCUGAGAUCGUAUUGCUGACAGAUGGGGAAGAUACUGGGAUAAGUUCAUGCUUUCAGGAGGUCAAGCACAGCGGUGCCAUCGUUCACACCAUCGCCCUGGGGCCUUCUGCUGCCCGAGAACUGGAGACUCUGUCGGACAUGACCGGAGGGCUUCGCUUUUAUGCCAAUGAAGGCAUCAAUGACCUGAUUGACGCUUUCAGUGGGAUUUCAUCUAAGAGUGGCAGCAUCUCACAGCAGGCUCUGCAGUUGGAGAGCAAAGCCUUGAAGAUUAACAGGAAUGAAUGGCUAAGUGGAACAGUCCCCGUGGACAGUGCCGUCGGCAACGACACAUUCUUUGUUGUCACAUGGACAGUACGAAAGCCAGAAAUUAUUCUUCGAGAUCCAAAAGGAAAAAACUACACAACCUCGGAUUUCCGAGAAGAUAAGCUAAAUAUCUUCUCUGUUCGCCUUCGGAUCCCAGGCAUUGCCGAGACAGGUACUUGGACUUACAGCCUUAAGGGCGCCCAGCCUCAGUUGCUAACGGUGACGGUGACCACUCGAGCAAGAAGUCCCACCACGCAACCACUCAUGGCUACCACUCACAUGAGUCAGAGCACAGCCCAGUACCCUAGCCGGAUGAUUGUGUACGCACGGGUCAGCCAAGGGUUUUUGCCUGUUCUGGGAGCCAAUGUCACAGCCAUCAUAGAAGCUGAAAGUGGACAUCAAGUCACCCUGGAGCUCUGGGACAAUGGGGCAGGUGCUGACACUCUCAAAAACGACGGCAUCUACUCAAGAUAUUUCACAGACUUCUACGGAAACGGCAGAUACAGCUUAAAAGUCAAUGCCCAGGCAAGAAAGAACAUCACUAAACUAAAUCUGAAACAAAAGAAUAAGUCUCUCUAUAUUCCUGGCUAUGUUGAAAAUGAUCAAAUUGUACUGAAUCCACCCAGACCGGAUGUCCCAGAAGAAGCCACAGAAGCCACAGUGGAAGAUUUCAGCAGACUAACCUCUGGAGGGUCGUUUACUGUGUCUGGAGCGCCCCCUGACGGCGACCACGCUCAUGUGUUCCCACCCAGUAAAGUCACAGACCUGGAGGCUGAGUUUACAGGUGACCAUAUUCACCUUACAUGGACGGCCCCUGGCAAGGUCCUCGAUAAAGGAAGAGCGCGUAGAUACACCAUCAGGAUGAGUCAGCAUCCUCAGGAUCUCCAGGAAGAUUUUAACAACGCUACUUUAGUGACUACUUCCGGUCUGAUACCUAAAGAAGCUGGCUCAAAAGAAACAUUUAAAUUCAAACCAGAAACUUUUAAAAUAGCAAAUGGCACCCAGCUCUACAUCGCAAUCCAGGCCGACAACGAUGCCGGGCUCACGUCCGCGGUCUCCAACAUCGCGCAGGCUGUCAAAUUUAUUCCUCCACACGUUUAUUUGGUACCCAGCAGUCCUGAUCUGGGUACCAAAAUGUCCGCAUCCAGUAUGACAGUUUUUGCAUUUGUUGCAACUUUAUUCAUAUUUUAA